AGUCUUGUCCGAUUGUUGCGAAAACGCAUUGAAGAAUGAGCAGUACGACGGCUUGCAGCUCGAUUUGCUUCGAACGAGGAUGCUGGUUUAAGGGAGAAAGGAUGGUUUCAUCAUCACAAAAUCUUCGCAAGAGGUUUACUUUAGGAUGCAAUGUGAAAUCCUCAGCGAGAAACUUGAAAGCUUUAGCCUUAAGUUCUGUGAAUUCCGACAAAGAUGUUCGGAUUGGUCUUCUUGGUGCAAGUGGUUACACUGGUGCAGAGAUCGUCAGGCUUCUUGCAAAUCACCCGCAUUUCCGUAUCACUCUAAUGACUGCUGAUAGAAAAGCUGGCCAGUCAAUGGGAAGCGUUUUCCCUCACCUGAUUGCUCAAGAUCUACCUACAUUGAUCUCGAUCAAAGAUGCUGACUUUUCCACCGUGGAUGCCGUAUUUUGUUGCUUGCCUCAUGGGACAACCCAGGAAAUCAUCAAGGGACUCCCCAAGGAGCUAAAAGUUGUUGAUCUUUCAGCGGACUUCCGGCUGCGAGAUAUCUCAGAAUAUGAAGAAUGGUAUGGUCAGCCACACAAGGCUGUGGAGCUACAAAAAGAAGUUGUGUAUGGUCUGACGGAGAUAUCGAGGGAUGACAUAAAAAGGGGACGGCUUGUGGCUAACCCGGGCUGUUACCCUACUUCGAUUCAACUUCCCCUUGUUCCUUUGAUAAAGGCAAAUCUCAUCAAACAUGAAAACAUUAUUAUCGACUCGAAAUCUGGUGUUAGUGGAGCAGGACGUGGUGCAAAGGAGGCAAAUUUGUAUUCCGAGAUAGCUGAAGGCAUUUAUUCUUAUGGUGUCACACGACACCGCCAUGUUCCUGAAAUCGAACAAGGAUUGUCAGAUGCCGCGAAAUCAAAAGUUACCAUCAGUUUUACUCCACAUCUGAUGCCAAUGAUUCGUGGAAUGCAAUCCACAAUGUAUGUGGAGAUGGCUCCGGGGGUAAAGAUUGAAGACUUGUACCAGCAAUUAAGAAUGACAUACGAGGAAGAAGAGUUUGUGAAAGUACUGGAGAAAGGAGUUGUUCCUCGUACACAUAAUGUAAGAGGAUCCAACUAUUGUCUUGUGAACGUAUUUCCGGACCGAAUUCCGGGGAGAGCCAUUGUAAUCUCAGUUAUUGAUAAUCUUGUGAAAGGAGCUUCGGGUCAAGCUUUGCAGAAUCUUAACAUAAUGUUGGGUUAUCCCGAAAACACGGGGCUUCUACAUCAGCCACUCUUCCCUUGAAAAAAAAAACUCGAGCAUGAGGAAGCUUUUUUGGGGGGCCAGCACUAUGGAGCGAAGAUGAUGAAUACAGAGAGAGGGAGGGAGGGAGGGAAGUUUCUUGCAUUUGGAAAAAAAAAUGGUUUCUCGAUCAACCGUUUUAAAGAACAAUUGUUCGGUUUUGUUUCUGGUAUGAAUCAAUGUUGCAGAAAAUGCAGACAGAACAAAGUGCUUGAUGUAUCAUAGCGGACAGAUGAUUUGUUUUCAUCGACAUUUCAACUCAAUUGUUGCAGUUGUCCGAGAU